GUUCCUGCUGUUGCUAAGGCAGUCCUGCUAACACUAUCAGCUGAGCUGGAGAAAUUCUUGUCAAGAUGACUGCGCGCGUCUCCAAGUUUAUCGUCCAGACCCUGUGCGAAAACGAGGGAUGUCUGGACUUCAAGAGCCUGAAAGAUGAGAUCGCACAGACUUUCACUGUCGCGGAACCACUUUUGAAGCAAGUCCUCUUCGACGAUGGGAUAAUAGCUAUUCGAGAGGUCAGACGAAGUGUGUCCGGUUCUGGUCACAUAAUCAGCCCGGACAGUCUGGUUGUGGCGAAAACCAGCCUGCGCAUCUGUCAGAAAAAGCCCGGGGAAUGUCAACAGUGUGAUAGUUUACACCUGUGCAGGUAUUUCGUUUGCGGAGACUGCACUUUCGGACACAAGUGUAAAAAUCCCCAUAGUCUGGCAUUGCCAUACAAUGCUGAACUAUUGGGGAGAUGGGGUCUUCACAACCUGACAGAGAAACAGCUGUUCCAGCUGUUACUGCAAAAUGAUCCUUACCUGCUGCCUGAGAUAUGCCCGCAUUACAACAAGGGCAACGGUUUGCACGGCUCCUGCAGGUUCACCACUUCCUGCACCAAGCUGCAUGUCUGCCUGCACCAUCUCCAAGGUGACUGUAAGUUUGGCUCGGACUGUAAGAGGGCCCAUAACAUUGACGCACAAGGAAUGAAGAUUUUCCGAGGGUUCAGUCAGGAGAACAUUGCAAACCUUCUUAAGAUCUACAGAAAUAAAUUCAUCAUCAUGGGUCAGCAGGGGAGAAAACCUUCUGCUGUUGCUGCACUGCCAGAGGUGAAAGGCCCCGUUCAGCAGCUUUCCCAGAAGCCCUCCCAAAGCAAGCCCACAUCUCCCACAUCCCUUACAUCCCCCACACCCCUUGCUAGUUCUGCAGGUGCACCUAAAACCAUAAGUGAUGCUGAAAGGGAUGAAAUCUGCCUCUUCUUCAUUCGCAAACACUGCAGCUUCAAAGACAAGUGUGCCCGUGUCCAUUGGGACUCACCUUACCGAUGGCAGGUUUUAGAGCGCGAUAUGACUUGGAAGGACCUGCUCAAUAUGGAGGACAUUGAGAAGGCCUACUGUGACCCAGGACAAGACACAAGCUGUACUGAUCAAGCGGCGUCGCCCACCUUGGGGGGGAUUUUUCGACUUCUUUCUUUUCAAAGCCCUGCACCCCCAGCUGUGCAGUCAGUUGACUUCAUGACAAUGACAUACAAAGGGUCUCCGGUUCGUCGCCUGUCCACCGCCUCCUCUGUCACCAAGCCCCCUCACUUCAUUCUUACAACUAAGUGGCUCUGGUACUGGAAGGAUGAGAAUGGGAAGUGGCAGGAGUUUGGACAGGGUGACACACAAGCCUCUACCACUUCUCAAACUCUGGAGAACGUGUACCUGGCAGAUAAAGACGCACAGAUUCAUUUUAGUGCUGGCAGACAGCAGUAUGUUCUCAACUUCAAAGGUGCAACGGGAACCCCACCGAUGUAUCAGCAGAACAUAAAAUACCACACACAACGAGAGGUCAGAAGGAGGCCUCUCUUUGUGUCUGCUCAAGAUGUGGAGGCGCAGCUGAAGAGCAGUGCACCUAGCUUGAGCUCCUCCACUGCUGACAGUGUCCCAUCCUACUGGGACAAGAGUGCCCUGCCUGAUUUUGGAUACAAGCUCGUGCCUCUUCCCCAAUCUAACGAGUACUAUAAAAUGAUUGCGAUGUUGUUUAGGAGCACCAUGCCAAAGAGUAAAAUCAACAGCAUCAAGAGAAUCCAGAACCCCUCUCUGUGGAAAGUCUUUCAGUGGCAGAGAGAGCAGAUGAAGUUGAGGAGUGGAGGGAAACCUGUGGAAGAGAAGUACUUGUUCCAUGGGACAGAUGACUCCCUGCUUGAGGCCAUCUGUGAGCAAAACUUUGACUGGAGGAUGUGUGGUGUCCAUGGCACGGCCUACGGCAAAGGGAGCUACUUUGCCAAAGAUGCGUCCUACUCAGACAGAUACGCUGGCAUCAAAGGAAACCGACACAAGAUCAUGUUUGUGGCUCUGGUCCUGGUGGGGGAGUACACCAAGGGAACCAGCAGCUAUGUUCGGCCCCCACCGAAAGGAAACAGCAGAACCUUCUAUGACAGUUGCGUUAACUGCACGAGUAACCCCGGCAUCUUUGUCAUCUUUGAAAAGCAACAGAUUUAUCCAGAGUACAUCAUUGACUAUUCAUAAGUUGUGACAAUAAUGCAUUGGUCAGGGGAAUUUUCUUCAGUUGAAAUGCUCUAUUUUGGUAGCUGCCUGUGGCUUUAAGGGUUUGUGGAGUUUUAUAUGUGCAAUAUCAUCAACAAAGAUGUGUGGCAAGAUCAGAACUCAUAUGUACUUGUUAUCCACCUAGCUAUCUAUGGGAUAUUUCUGCAGAUUAUUAGCUAUAAGAAAAUACUUUUGCAUUACAGAUUGUAUACAAUUGUUUUUCCUUUGAAAAUGUUUCUCUACAUGAUGGUGUCUAUUUAGUCAUGACAAUUUCUGAUCACUAGUCUAAAUUGAGGAUACUAAUACUAAACAUGUUUCAAUUCCCCUA